CGAGGAAGAGAACAAAGACCAAACGAAAGCCGCUAGACUUCUGCAACGUGACGGCGCCGUGGGUCAAGACGAAAAGGCUGGCGUGCACUGGCGGUCUCGUGGUGAGAAAGCCAAUCAAUGGCCAAAGGCGCGAGUUGAAGUCUGAACUCUUUCCUCACCAGCGACGACGGCGCCGAGGCUGUCGCUGCUGUCGGGGUUUCCAACUGUGAACAAAGUCGGGUCCGGCCCCUUUUUCGAGUCUGCAGUUUUUGACGACUGAGAAACCGGUAGCGGAUAUAGAUAGAGGGAGGUACCUAAGGUACACAGCCCAGCCGAGGUUGGCGACGUCGCAUGGAGCGUGCGAUUGAUGCUCUCGAAUCGGUCCCCAAACCGUCCCCAAAUCGGUCCCCAUAUGCACAAAUUCGGGGAGCCCCUUCCCCAACAACAACCGUUGAAUAGCCCAACCAGCCAGAUCAGCAGACCCAGCCAGACCACUGGGGACUGACCCGUCGUUCGCUCCAUUUGAUUUGCUUCGCUCGCCGUUCACCACCAGCAUUAGCUCGCCCCAUCCGCGGUGCGCAUCGGCUUGGACACAGUGGCCUAUGCUCGGUCGGGGCCUGCGCAUCGACGCGCCGUGAUUGAUCUUUGAGCUUAGACCACCUGGUACGACAGAGACGGGAGAGGAGCUGAAGCAGGAGAAAGAAAAAAAAAAUCAGAAACAAAUCGACCUCCCCACCACCACACCUAGGAACCAAGCCGUCGAGGGACUCGGUCGGACUGCACCGCGACCCAUCUGCGCUCCUCCCCUGCCACCCGUCCCGGCCAAGACGAGCUUCAUGGCUGGCCCGAGGUCGCCGUGGCCCACGGAAACAUGAACUCGCUGAACAUCAUCUCAGCCAGAGUCUCCCCUCCCGCCAGCCCCGUGUCGUCGCGAUCCAAUUCGCUCAGUGCGAUCGGUCUGACCGUGACCGCCGCCGAUACCGAGCCUGCCGCACACUCCACAGCCCGUCGCGGGUCAAAAGAUGUUGCUUCGGACUCGGAAAGGCCGACGAUAAACCCCGAGUCUGCCGCCCUCGAGGGCGACGACACCCCUGCCGCUACUUCCACGCUACCGCUUGCCGCCACCGCUGCCGACGACUACGAAGACGACGACGCAGAACUGACCGAGUCCGACCCCUUAUUGCCGACCGAUCCGGCGCCGUCCAAGGAGAUGGGCCCGCGAUACUCCAGCUGGCACCGGCUGCCGCGCCGCUUUGCCUGCUCCAUCAUCGACAGCCUGCGAUGGGUGCUCACGACGUUUGUCUCCACCCCGAGCUACUACCUGAUCGCCUGGCUCUACGACGAGAACGGCACCUUCGCCCCGCUCCUGCAGCUGCGCAAGCUGUUUGGCGCUGGCGGCCGGGCCCGGAAACAGGCGGCCGACUACCGAGACGGGAGCAAGCUUGACGAGAAGCAGGGAUACGGCACCAUGAAGCGUGGGGGCAGGCGGCUAGCGUCGUCAGCCUACUCGUCGUCGGGCUUAUCCUCAGAGUCCGAAUCCGACGACAGGGGCGGCACGGUACUGCAGAACCGCAACGCAGGUACCAACACGGUCGCCACCGGCAGCAGCAGCAGUAGCGGCAACAGCAGCAGGCACGCGCGGUCAAAGUCGGCAUCGCCCUCGGAGGAGAUCUCGCCAGCGCGCAAGUCGAUACGCAUAAAGCUGCACAGCGACGACGCCAUGCGCCAGCGCAAGCACCGCAAGACGCAGUCCACGAACUCCAACGCGGGCGGCAGCGGUAGCGGCGGGACGGGAGGGGGUCUCCGGCCGCCCAACGACAUCUCGGCGCAGCUCAAGUCGCCGACGUCGCCCGCGGGCGCGCUCACCAAGUACCCCAAGACGCCCGCCCCGCCGCGCCCGCUGGUGCCGAGGCGGCAGCCUUCGUACAUCAACCUGGAGCAGGUGGACAAGUCGCACCAAAAGACGCUCAUCCUCGACCUGGACGAGACCCUGAUACACAGCAUGUCCAAGGGCGGCAGGAUGAGUUCGGGGCACAUGGUGGAGGUUCGCCUGAACACGACCUACGUGGGCAUGGCGGGACAGGCCUCGAUAGGGCCGCAGCACCCGAUUCUCUACUACGUGCACAAGCGACCGCACUGCGACCAUUUCCUCCGAAGGGUAUGCAAAUGGUACAACCUGGUGGUCUUCACGGCUUCAGUGCAAGAGUACGCAGAUCCCGUCAUCGACUGGCUGGAGUCGGAGAGGAAGUUCUUCUCGGCGAGGUACUACCGACAGCACUGCACCUUCAGGCACGGCGCCUUCAUCAAGGACCUGAGCUCGGUCGAGCCGGACCUGAGCAAGGUCAUGAUCCUAGACAACAGCCCGCUGAGCUACAUGUUCCAUCAGGAUAACGCCAUCCCAAUACAAGGCUGGAUCAACGACCCGACGGACAACGACCUCCUGCACCUCGUCCCUCUCUUCGAGGGCCUGCAAUAUGUUUCCGACGUCAGGGCGCUUCUUGCAUUGCGAGGCGGAGAAGAUGGGCAGCACAUGGCAUGACCUGGCGUCUCUGAUAAACAGGCGGGGCAUCUGUCCCUUGUUAUUUUCGGCUGGGGAAACCACGGUAUGCCCACGGUAUGCACUUUGUCGAGCUGUAGAGAGCACACACCCGCUUGGGGCAUGUCCACCUAUCAUAUACCAUUCCGCUUCUUCCAAAUGUUUUAUCCUCCCGUUUUUUGCCACAAAAAAAGCGUCAGCAAUAUUACUCCUUUUGCUUCUUGAUUCUCUUAGACAGCUCAUGCCUAGCCGCAGAGCGGAAGUCGCAAUUCCUGCCAAUCAUUUUGCUCUGGCCUUGGUUCUGGAGCUGGCCGCCCA